AUGAGCACCCGUGGACGGCCCCCCGGCAGCGCCCCUCGGCCAACCACCCCACCAGACCCCACCCUCACCACUCGCCCAGUCCCAAGGUAUCGCAAUUUUAGACCAAUUUGUUUUGGGCAAGGCACGGCGUCAGAUCUGCCAUUGCGAUCUGUGGUCGAACUGGAUGGUCUCCUUGAAGCCGGUCCUGCUCCUGCAUUAUCCAGGGAAAAAUUCUCUUAUAGGCCGAUUGAUAGGGUGCGCGAAUUACUGGAACUAGUCUGUGACCAAGAGCUCACCACAAACCCGGAUGAAGUUCCUUGUGGUAUUUCUACAUGGGGUUUUUGGGUCUUCGUUACAGAAUAUUCCUCUUCAGUUCUUGAAAAAGUGCCUGAGGCAAUGGAAAACCUAGUGAAAGUAACUGAACGCAAUCUACUCGAUAGCCUACCAGCCUAUGGAGGUGAAGUAGCCCGCCGCUUCAAGCUUAACGUGGUUCAAGAUAAAGAAGUCCUAGAAGGUGCUUCAGAUGAUCGUAUCAGGGAAGAGUUUAAAUCAUUACUUCGUGGGCUUAAUUUUAUGAAUGAAGAGGACUGUCCUACCCCUAUGCUGGGAUGGACUAUGGUUUGCUUUGUCCUUGAUGAGAUGGCUAUUACUAUGCUGGCAAAUCUUGAAUUUGGCGAAGAGGAUACUAUGAGAGACUAUAAAGCCUUUAAAGGGAAAAACGUCAAAGUCGUGGAUCUUUUUUGGGUUCGUCAACCAACUGAAUGGCCGGAUUCAGUUGUCCCAAAUGCUCGCCCAUACCGGGGCGCGGACGAGUGUCCUAUAGUCUUCUUACGAUAUUUGUACCGUCGUCUCACUAAAGAGACAUGGGGAGGGACUUUGGAGGAUCUUUUUCCCUUGCAAAAUACGUUCUAUUAG